CAUUGAUACAGAAAGUAGAAGUUCUAAUAAAGCUUUUCCCAAGUUCCAUUCUCUCUUUUUCCUUUAAAAAAAAAAAAAAUCCAUUCUCUUUUAGUACUCCCUUUUCCAUGAUCAAGCCAUAGGUUGAGUUUCCAAUGGCUUCCAUGUGCACUGAAAAAGCCUGUACAUCCUUCUCAUCGUCAUCUUCUUCUAAUCCUCUAUGGAAAUAUGAUGUUUUUCUUAGUUUCUAUGGUGAGGACACCCGUAAGAAUUUUACGGAUCAUCUAUAUGCUACUUUGAAACAAAAAGGUAUUAACACUUAUAGAGAUAAUGAAAAUCUUGAGCAAGGAAAACCCAUUGCUUCUGGGCUCAUGAAAGCAAUAGAAGAAUCCAAGUAUGCAAUUAUCGUUCUCUCAAAAAACUAUGCUUUUUCAAAGUGGUGCUUGAAUGAACUUGUUAAAAUUCUUGAAUGCAUGAAAGACAAGGAGCUGAAAGUUCUGCCCGUUUUCUACCACGUAAAUCCCUCUGAUGUUGGGAAUCAGAGGGAGACUUUUGGGAAAGCAUUUCUCAAGCAUGAAGAAGAUCGCAAGGUUAGCAUAGAACAGAUACAAAAGUGGAGAACUGCACUAAAAGAAGUGAGCAAGAUCCGCGGAUGGCAUUUGUUGGAUAGUCAUGAAUCAGAAGAUAUUCAGGAAAUCACAAAAAACAUAUUUGAUGAAUUGAAUCAUGAAAUCCCAAAUGAUCAUGAGCACCUUGUUGGUAUAAACUCACGUGUGAAGGAGAUGAUGAACUUAUUUAGUACAAUGUCAGAUGCUGUGCACUUCAUAGGGAUUUGGGGGAUGCCAGGGAUUGGUAAAACCACUCUAGCACUUGCCAUUUAUGGCAGAAUUUGUCAUCAAUUUGAAGCUAGCUGCUUUAUUCGUGAUGUUAGAGAAACAAUUGAAAAAGAAAAAGCUGGUCUAGUUAAUUUACAAAAACAACUUCUUUUUAAGACCUUGAAGGUAAAAGAAGAAAACAUAUGGGACUAUCAUGAGGGGAUCAAAGUCAUAAAGACUAGACUAUCCAAUAAGAAGGUUCUUAUUGUUAUUGAUGAUGUUGACAAAGUUGAACAACUACAGGCAUUAGCAGGGAGUUGUGAUUGGUUUGGCCGAGGGAGUAGGAUCAUUAUCACAAGUAAAGAUAAGCACUUGCUAAUAAGGCAUCAUCGGGAUACUAUUGUACAUAGGGCAAAUGGAUUAGAUAAUGAUGAAGCUUUGGAGCUCUUCAGUUGGAUUGUGUUUGACCAAACCUAUCCUAAAAAAGAUUUUGAGGAUUUGUCCAAUGGUUUUGUGAAGUAUGCUAAUGGGCUUCCUAUAGCUCUUAAAGUUAUGAGUUCCUCCUUGAUUGAUAGACCAAGAGAGGUAUGGGAAGAUUACCUACAUCAAUUAGAAGAAAUCCCUGAAGGAGAAAUUCUUGAUAAACUUGAAAUAAGUUAUAGGGGAUUGAAUGAAAUAGAACAAAAUCUAUUUUUGGAUAUUGCGUGUUUCUUCAAAGGGGAGGAUAAAAACCGAGUGGCACACAUAGAAGGUUUUGGUUGCGAGAAGAAUAUAGAAACUCUCGAGGACAAAUCUCUCAUUGCCAUUUUAGGGGGAAAAUUAUGGCUGCAUGAUUUAAUACAAGAGAUGGGUUGGAGAAUUGUUCGUCGUGAAUCACCUCAAGAGCCUGGAAGACACAGUAGGUUGUGGUUUUGUAAGGAUGUGUUUCAUGUGCUAAAGGAAAAUACAGGAACAGAAGUUGUAGAAGGCAUAGUUCUUGAUUUCCAGGGAACAGAAGUUGUAGAAAGCAUGGUGCUAAACUCACCUCCACGUAAAGAAAACUUGAAUGACAAAGCCUUCUCAAAUAUGAAAAGUCUAAGGUUGCUUAAAAUUUCUAAUGUGCACCUUCCUACAGGCCUCAAUUUUCUUUCUAAUAAGUUAAGAAUGAUGGAGUGGCACGAUUAUCCUUUGAAAUUCAUGCCGAUCAGUUUUCAACCGGACAAUCUUGUUGAACUCAUCAUGCCUCGCAGCCACAUUGAGCAAUUACCAGAGGGACUUACUAACUCGGCCAAGUUAAGACUCCUGGAUCUUAGCGACUCUAAAGUCUUAGCCAAGACUCCUAACUUCAUCGGAUGCCCAAAUCUGGAGAGGCUGAUUUUUCAAGGAUGUACAAGUUUGUAUGAGCUUCACCCAUCUGUCGGAGCUCUCAAUAAGCUUACUUUGUUAAAUCUGAAAGAUUGCAGAAGUCUUACUGGCCUCCCUUGCGAAAUAAACUUGAAAUCUCUAAAAAUUUUUAUUCUAUCUGGCUGUUCAAGUCUCAAGAAGUUUUCAGAGAUUGGAACUAAUAUGACAAGCUUGUCAGAGCUGUAUUUAGAUGGGAUUGCUGUGGAAGAAUUGCCAUCAUCACUCAAGCGUUUGACUGGCAUGACGGUCUUGAGUCUUCAAGGUUGCAAAAACCUUUCGAGUUUUCCAAGUGUCAAUUUGCCGUCUCUGAAAACUCUUAAUCUAUCGGGAUUUAAGUAUAAACCACCUAAAUCCUGCCUUUCGCACGGAUUCUCUCUCGUCCGUGCUGCACAUGCUUUUUUCCAAGGUUGCUUCCCUAUCCAAGAGGCCAUCAACCUGUUGUUGCCUAGGUUAAGAUUUAUUGUAUCUCUAAAUCUAGCUGACCGCAAUUUAUGGGACGGAGGACUCCCUGAUGAUCUUAGUGGCUUAUCCUCGUUGCAGGAACUGGAUUUGAGCGAAAACAACUUUAAACGCCUGCCUGAUAGUAUUUCUCAGCUUUCUAAGCUUAAAUCUCUUAAGAUGAAUGAAUGUAGCAGGCUUCAAUCAUUGCCAGACCUUCCGUUAAGUGUAGGAUAUGUAAGGGCAAGAAGAUGUCCUUUAUUGGAAAAGUAUUCAAAUCGGGAUGUUGCAUGGACUUCGGGUGAGACAGGGUUCACUAUGGUUGUUUGUAACAACAAGGAUGAUGACCAAAAGUGUUCAAUCCGCAUUCCGAUCUUACCAUACGAUGACUUCGAUCCAUCCUUAGAAAGAUUUGUUGAGGGUGAAAUUCAGCAAAAUAAGUGCUUCUGCGACUUUUCAAAUUCAACUGAAACUCCAGAGUGGUUCAGCCAUCAGAGCCCUGGGUCAUCUGUAACAAUUCCGCUACCUUCUGAUCUGCGUGAUGAUAGUAGUUGGAUAGGGAUUGCUUUGUUUACUAGUGUUGUAAUCCUUGAAAAUUUGAACAAUAUUUCUUCUGCCCAGGAUGGUGAAGUUUCUAUUGACUUUAUUUGUAGAUCAGACAUAAUUGAAGUUCCACGUAUAAAUUGUCCCUUAAACAUAACCCGAUAUCUACCUGUACCCCUUUUCCAUGCUCGUUCAUUUGGAUUGAAGGUACUUAUUCCAGCCGGGAAACUUAAAGACCAUUUAAAGGAUUGCAGUUGCAUUAGGGCUUUUAUUAGGAGCAAGUGCACUUAUUUCGAGAUCAAAAUGUGUGGUGCGCGUGUACUGUACGAGCAAGAUCUGGUAAAGUUUAUACGAGUUAAUGGCAACCUUGAUGAGGUGGAAUCUUCUAGAUUGUAUCAGGAAGAAGAUCAGCAAAAUAAAAGCUUUUUAGAGUUUUCAAAUUCAACUGAAAUUCCAGAGUGGUUCAGCCAUCAGAACCUUGGGUCAUCUAUAAGAAUGCCACUACCUUUGGAUCCGCAUGAUUAUAGUAGUUGGCUAGGGAUUGCUCUGUUUGCUGUUGUUGUAGUCCAUAAAAAUUUGAACAGUCAGGAUUAUAAAAUUUUUAUCGAAUUUAAUUGUAGACCAGACAUGGUUGAAGGUCCUGUAGAUAGAUGUACCUUGGACCUUGACAUCUCGGAAUUCGUACCUGAACCCCUUCGCCAUGAUGGUUCAUUUAGUUUUAAGUUAUUUGUUCAAGCUUGGCUACUUAGAGACCUUAUAAAGGAAUGCAGUUGGAUUAGCACUUUGAUUACGAGUGACAGCCCUUAUGUCAAGAUCAAGAUGUGUGGUGCCGGUGUAGUUUACAAGCAAGAUCUGGAAAAGUUUGUACAAGCUGAAGGCAAGAUCAAUCAAAGAUCCAAAUGCCAGAUGGAUAAGGUGGAAUCUAGUCAGUCCAACGACCGGCUUAAAGGAAAGCUAAUGUCAUUGCUUUUAAGAGUGUAUCAGGGAGACUUGGCUCGAAACCAUAAAUAUGAUUAUGUCUUUCCUCAUACGACAGUCCCAGACUGGUUCAGUAAUCGAAGUUUUUGUUCCGACAUUAGAAUUAGACUCCCCCCCAAUUUGCAGUGUGAUGGGAGAUGGAUGGGAAUCGCUGUGUGUGCUUAUUAUACUGUCCACAAGCAACCAGCAAUUUCUGGUGACAAUAAGAAUUUAACAAGUUUUCUCAACUUUUAUAAUCCUUUAAUUAGCCGUCGAGUUCACCUCACUCGUCACAGAGUCUUUCAGGAAUCUAAAGACAUUUUUGUUGAGUCAUCCCAUCGAAUUUUGGUAUUUUAUAUACCCCACGUGUUACUUAGGCUGAAAGAGCGCCAACAUAUCGGGGCUUCAUUUGAGCACAAUAAACCAGAUGUGCAGGUUAAAGAGUGUGGACUCCGCCUUGUAUACGAGCAAGAUGUUGAAAAGUUUGUGCAAACAUUAGCCCAGUGCAUGUUAGAAAGUCCAGAUGCCUAUCAUGAGUGUUUUUAUCAAAAUUUGUUACAUCAAGUUGAGGAAAGAGUGGCAAGCAAAGAUUUUGGUUUCUCUUCCUCACUGCAAUGGAUGCCUCAACCCACGCCCAUCCUUCAACCAAGUAUUGAAAAUAUAGCCGAGGGCUGUACCUCUUCGGAAACAAGUCCGAGCUCUUUUAUUGGUUUUCUCGCAACAGCUAGGAAAGAGCAAUGUGCAAGUAUCAUGUCAAGUGAAUCUUUGAUCAAAGCACGUUUAGAGAAAAAUUUCGAUGAGGGUGAAAUUUUCCAUUGCUGUUUUGCUGAGCGUGAAAUCCCACGGUGGUUUUGUUGCGAACAUAAGCAGUCAAUGGGAACCCCGCUAUAUAAUCCUGAUUGGAUGGGAUUUGCACUAUGUGGUCUUUUCUUAUUUAAUAGGCAUCCAACUGCCGUUCGACAGAGUCUGGGUUCAAAAAAAGCUGUAGCGUUCCCAUUCUGCUGUUUUUUCCGGACCAGCUCUUGUCAUUCGCGUUUAGUAUGCAAUGGAUUAUUGAAUAUCAACAACGAAUUAGUUACAUUAAAUCAACGUGCAUUCAUUUGGGUAAUGUUCAUCCCACGUACAACGCAUGCACAUUUUUGGAGUCAAAGUACUAAGGUCGAAUUCUGGCUUAACAGCUCAGUUCCAGAUUUGUCUGUAGAGAGUUUUGGGAUCAAUCUUGUAUACCGGCAUAACAUGGAAGAGUUAAGGCAAAUACUGGUGCAAUGCUCUGCCCCAUUUGAUAGCUUCCUUGACUCCUGCAAUCCCCGGGAAUUCUGCGAUAUAUGGCAUAAUCAUCCUGAGGUAUUCAUUGGAACAAAGAACUCUUAUGAGGAACUACACCCCCAAAGGUUAUUCAUUUCUCAGGAGGAGACUAGUGUAACUGCUCAAUAUUCUUAUGAGGAGGACUCAUACCCUCACAAUUGUUUCCGGUACUUUCAUCCAUCCACUUUAUAUAAUUCUUGUUUCCCAACAAGAAGAACUCCAAGGUGGUUUAAUCAUCAUUGUCGUCUUGGGCACUCGAUGACAAUUGAGAUACCCCCAAAUUUGUACGAAGACAACAAUUGGCUGGGGCUCGCUCUAUAUGCUUCUAUUUUAAUCCCCAGGGAUCAAGAAAAUGCAGUUUCAGCAAAUUCAUCUCACUUUCUAUAUUGUCAAUUCCAAACUAGUAAAGCUAGUCUAGACAAUCAAAUCCUUGUUUGCCGCAUCACUGAUGAAGAAAACAACUGGUUACAUCUAUUGUUUGGACUCAUUUGGAUAUCUUAUAUACCUGGUGAGGCCUUGAAGGAUAUGCUGCAUCAAUGUGGCCACAUUAAGGCUUCGUUUGUUAGUGAUUGGCCAAGCGUGAUGGUGCAAAAAUGUGGGCUUCGUCUUUUGUACCAGCAUGAUCUGUCACAGUUUGAGCAACAACUAAAACAUUGCAAUGCUUCCAUUUCUGCACUUCGGGAUUUCAUAUGUCAAUUUAGCCGUAGUGACACGAUACAAGAGGAAGGAUGGACGCAUAUGCCUAACAUUCCUAACGAAGUUGUAUCUCCACUCAAUAAAUAUGACCAGCUGGUAAGAAAUUAUGAGUACUUUCUUUGUUUCAAGACAAAACCUAAUAUUUCCUCUCCCUCUCUCGCUUAUUAA